CAUUGCCUUCAAUUUCCCUACCGCUUGCUCCAAUUCUAAAAAGAAAAAGCACCCAUUUCUUAACUACUUCUCUCCUUCUACAAUAACAGCCAAAUGCCACUUCUUCUUUCUUUCUACAAAUAUAAAACCAAUGUACCUUAAACCUAAAAACCACCAACCAAUUAUAGAACACGGAACACUGUUUACACCCGGUAUUCAACAACACCAGCAAAAGGAAUUGCCUGAUGGUAAAGAAGGAAGGAUCCAUAUUCUAACUUCAUUUCCAACUUCAUCUUUCAAGUUUCACUCAUUAUCAUCCCAAUAACCCUUUUCUUUUUUAGAAAAAGGGUUCCCUCUCCGAUUUCUCCCAAUCAUCGCAUAUCUUUUGAAAGAAAACUAUGAUGGAGUUUUGAACUACAGAUUCACGAAACCAGAUCCGUUGCCUUAUCUCAGCAGCAAUACUUCCAACUCCAACAGAUAUGGCUGCCGACUUGCAGAUGAGCCCCCAGUUGGAGCAGAUCCAUGGUGAAAUUAAGGACAAUCUUCGAGCUCUUUCAAAUGGGUUUCAGAGGCUGGAUAAAAUCAAAGAUUCCAACAGACAAACUAAGCAGCUUGAGGAACUCACUGCCAAAAUGAGGGAGUGUAAAAGAUUGAUUAAAGAGUUUGAUCGUGAAAUUAAAGAUGAGGAGAGCAAAAAUCCUCCUGAAGUUAAUAAGCAACUCAACGAUGAGAAGCAAUCCAUGAUAAAAGACCUGAAUUCCUAUGUGGCAUUGAGGAAAACCUAUAUGAAUACCCUUGGUAACAAGAAAAUUGAACUUUUUGAUGUGGGACCUGGGGCCAGUGAACCUUUAGCCGAAGAAAAUGUUCAAUUGGCAUCAGAAAUGUCAAAUCAAGAGCUUAUUGAUGCUGGCAUGAAGACAAUGGACGAGACAGAUCAAGCUAUUGAACGCUCUAAUAAGGUUGUUCAACAAACAAUCGAAGUGGGAACUCAAACUGCUGUUAGCUUGAAAGGCCAAACUGAACAAAUGGGACGCAUUGUUAAUGAGCUGGAUACAAUUCAGUUCUCAAUUAAGAAGGCCUCACAGCUAGUGAAGGAAAUUGGGAGGCAGGUGGCCACUGAUAAAUGUAUAAUGCUAUUUCUAUUCCUCGUUGUCUGUGGUGUUAUAGCCAUUAUCGUUGUGAAGAUAGUCAACCCUAACAACAAAGAUAUAAGGGACAUUCCUGGAUUGGCACCUCCAGCCCCCUCAAGAAGGCUAUUGUAUCUAAGGGAUGUGGAACAUGUUGCAUAGGAUAUCAUUUCAAAGAGAAAGUAGUUUGUCCCACUAAAUUUUUAUGAUUUUCUGUGGAGUAGUGGGAAGAUUGCUACUUGCGGGCCUUGUUUUCUAUCUCUCCCUCUUUUUUUUUUUUUAUUUUUUCCAAUUCAUUUCUCACCUGAGAUGUGCAUAUCCCGUUUGUGAUCAUCUGUGUAAAUCAUAUGUGAAGGCUUUUUGCAUUGAUUUGAAUGUUAUGCCAUGGUUCUUUGUGUAAA